AUAAGAUUCCAGGGUUUGCACUGGUUUGCAUACACAAAACAAAAAUCAACAACCAACCAACAAACAAAAAAGUAACGAAACAAAAUACAAACAAAAACCUACAAAAGCAAACAAAACCACCAAACACCUCCUAUUUUAAAACAAAGCCUAACAAACCGAAACAACAAAGUAACAAAACAAUAGCAAAACAAAACAAAAUAAAGUAACACACAAACAAACCGAAACUAGUGCCAAAAAAAAAAACAAAACAAAAAAGCAGAGUGGGGAUAUGAGCAGUAUUUGCGUGUUCUACCACGGGCGGUAUUUGAUGAAGACUCGGACCCCGUCGCGGGUCCCCCCAAUGUUUGCUAGUAAUUCGGCAGCAGUUUUCAGUACUACUACUGUACCUCUGCUACUGCUACUACUUCUACCACUGUUACUACCACUACCACUACUGCUACUACCGCUACUGUUACGGCCAAACAAGCAAUUGAACGCUGUCGAGAGUCAGAAUGCAGAUCCAGCACGUGAGGGACCUGUGCGCGGUGCCGGGGGCCGCGGCGGAACUCAACUGCACCGGUGAUAUCCUGUCGGUGCAGAACCUGCUGCCGCAGCUGGCCCCACCCCCCGAGAACAAACCGCACCAGUGCCAGCAGUGUCUGAAGAGCUUCUCCUCCAACCACCAGCUGGUCCAGCACAUCCGCGUCCACACCGGCGAGAAGCCCUACAAAUGUUCCUACUGUGAUCGCAAGUUCAAGCAGCUGUCGCACGUCCAGCAGCACACGCGGCUGCAUACCGGCGAGCGCCCGUACAAGUGCCACCUGCCGGAGUGUGGCCGCGCGUUCAUCCAGCUGUCGAACCUGCAGCAGCACCUGCGCAAUCACGACGCCCAGGUCGAGCGGGCCAAGAGCCGGCCCUUCCACUGUAACCUGUGCGGCAAGGGCUUCGCGACCGAGUCCAGCUUGCGGACGCACACCUCGAAGGAGCUGCAACUGCACCUCGGCGUUCUUCAGCAGCACGCGGCCCUGAUCAGCAACUCGAACAGCGUCACGUGCAACGUCUGCAGCAAGAUCUUCCUCGGCGUGGACGCCCUCAACGAACACAUCAAGUACUCGCACAAAGAAGUGGCUGAGUACAGCACUAAAUGUCUUGAGGAACUGAAACAUAGCAUUUCUUACACUCCAGUGAAGCGCAGGGUCGCGAACCAUCCGUGUCCGAUGUGCGGCAAGCACUACGUCAACGAGGGAUGCCUGCGGAAGCACCUGCUGACCCACCCGCGGACGCCCGGCGGCACGCCCGGUGGCCUCGGCGGGAUGGGCGUCGGCGGCGGCAUGGGAGGGGGCGUGGGCGGCCCGUUCCGGUCGAACCUGCAGAUGUGGCCGUGCUCGGUGUGCCAGGCGGUGUUUACGCACGAGACGGGUCUCAUCACCCACAUCGAGCACAUGAAGAUGGACCCGAAGCACCAGUUCGCCGCCCAGUACAUGUUCUCGAAGGCGGUCGCCGAGCAGCGGGAAAAGGAAUCGCAGAUGCAAAUGGGCGGCGGUGGAAACGGAAACGGUUCCGGUCCGUCGAUGAUCUCCGUGAAGGAACUCACGCAGAACAGCAUCUCGCCGUUGAACUACUCGGAGAAUUCCUCCACGAUGGGCUCCGAGAAGAACGGCGAAGGCGGAGGUGGUGGUGGCGGAGGAGGGUUCGAGAACCACCGGUUGUCGAAUGCGGCGGCCGCAGCCGCUGCCCACGGGCAUCCGUUCGGGGUGGUUCCCGGGGACAAUAACAACAGCCAGUUCUCGCGGAUGAUGAUGCUGCAGGAGCCGAAGUUUGAUCCGGAUUUGAUGCUUCCGACGGAUGGAACCUCGUCGGCGGUGCAGGCCGCGGUUGUCAAUUUGGCCACGGCCAUGCGGAUCGGGCAGACGUUCAAGAACAACUCGAUGCACGGGGAUCACCACCUGGGGCAGCCGAAUCUGGGCGGACCGCUGAAGAAGAAGAGUAAUUUCAUCAACUUCAACGAGAUGAAGUACCCGUUGGCGAACCGGCAGAACUACCCGUCCGCGGGGGAUUCCCCGGUGGGCGCGGGUGGGCUCGGUCAAGGUGGAGGUGGGGGAGGGGGCGGUGGCACCGGCAGUGGCCAGAACCCGUGCGGACCUUCCUCCGAAACGGCCAUCCGGAUACAGCAGGCGGAGGCGAUCCUCCGAUCGCAGGCUGAAGCUGCCCUCCGGUUGGCCGUUUCGCAGGCCCAGGCCGUAGUGUCCUCGAAUGCCGGCGGCAGCAUCAACUCGGGCGCCGGUGGCCAUCACCACCUGGGACCGCUCGGUAACUCACUUGUGGGCAGGUGCAAUGACGAGAGCAGAUCCAACGAGAACUGUCCGCCCUUUGGCGACCCGAACGGGGACCAUCUGAGGGCGGUCAUGAGGGAACACCACGCUCACCAACAGGCCCAGCAACAACAACAGCAACAGCAGCAGCAGCAGCAGCAGCAAAACAGCGACGAGUGCCAUCAGUUCUCGCAGAGUCCGGUGCCGCGGAACGGGCUGGAUCUGACCGACGAGUUCCUAAAAAGUGAAAACGUACUGAAAGGGUGAGAGUAGAUGUAAAUUUUGAUGCCAUAUUAUAUUUAAUUUAAAUCAAUACAAAACGAGACAGAAUCAUUGCGAGAGAUGAUGCAAAACUAAGCGAGGAGAAGGAGUGGAGAACAAUAGCAAAAAGAGAUUAAACGAAAAGAAGAAGAAGAAGAAAAAGUGUAAAACAGCAUAGCGAGAAAGAAAGAGAAAAACGAUGAGAUGAAGAAGAAAAUUACACAUAGAUUAUUAUACGAUAAUCUGGGACUUGAAUGUGUGAAUCAAUAACUAAAUGAUAAAUAAAAACUGAUGCAUUAUGCCAUAUUAUAAAGUA